AUGCCAUACCCAAUCAAGGGCAUGGAUGGCUCUAUAGAGCACAAUAAAAUGAAAGCAACUCCAACUGGAUGGACUGGAGUGGAACUGGAAGUGGAACAACAAUCAACAUCCAAUCCAAUUAACUUUCUAUCACUGAUCAAACAUGGCAUUGACGAGGAAUGUUUUCAUCUCUUGGACGAGGAUACUUUGAAGGAGUUAAUUCCAAGGAUUGGAACACGACUUCGAUUCAAACAGAAGCUGUCAUUGAACAGGAAUGCUGUAUCGGAUGCAUCUCCACCAACCGAUAUGACUGGCACCAGCGAUGACACAGAAAAUGACAACAUACACGUCCCAAUAGAAUCUAGCUCAACUUUUCAUUCAGAAUCAGAUUGUAGUCCAGUCCAGCAUUCUACGCUUUUAAAUCUCUCACCAAGUUCAGUUCCCAGUGGCAGUAAAAUAUGUGCACAUCCAGUAUCAACUAAGUUUCAUGAUUUUAAGACUUUCCUAUGCAGCCAGAAUGGUGGUAGAUCUUUGUUAGCGGAUGUACGGAAGCUUGGGUUCGCCCCAACAGUGUUGAGGAAAAGACUUGUGAAAAUAGCAACUGGUUUUUUGUUUGAAAAAUGCGGAAAAUUUCCCAAAACAGAGGACAAGGAGGAACUUGCCAUUGCGAUUAUCACAGUCUUACCGUGUCUGAGGAAUCCGAAGGGACAAGGCUUUGAUGCAUUUUACCAAAGGGCUCGAGGUGGUCGACCUGCAAAGGGUUUUAUCAAUGACCGUAUAUACAAUGUUCACAAAGAGGAGGCAAAACUGAAGAUGGUUAAGAAAAGGGUCCAAUUACCUGAAACAGUCCCUGCUGAAGAGGUGUUGUCUGUUGCAGAAUGCCAGAUUCUACCCGAAAAAGAGUAUAAGGAAAUGACAGCAUGGCUGAAACACAACAUUGAACCGGCAUCCAAAGUUUCGGACCUGAUGGCUAAAACCGCAACAAAUCGUCACCGUGAGAUCUGUGAGAACAAAGAGUUGAAAGCGAAGGAUAUUUUGGCAUCAUUUCCAAGGCUUUUGGAGAGAGGAAUGAUUGAGCAGGAUUUUAAUGUUUUGUUCCAAACUGGCGACCAACUGGUUAAGAAGUGGGAUGGCAACUUUGUCAAGAAAGUACUUCAGUACGUCACAUGUGUCAAACCAGAUUGACGAAAUAUUGUGCCUGUAAAAACAGUCUUAAAUGAAGAUGAAGAAAGUGUAGUUGCACUCCAGGUCCUGCCACUGAUACUUCCUCCACGUCCCACAAAAGAUGGGAAGAAGAUGCAUCGCCCUUCC